AUGCCGCGACUUGCUUGUAGUUCCUGCCGGGCAAGCAAGGUCCGGUGUAGGGUCAAGGAAAAUGACACCAGCUGUGUCAGAUGCCUGAGUCGGAACACCCCUUGCUCUUAUAUGCAACAUGUACGAAGUGUGCGGUCACUGCCACAGGACUCUCUGCCCGAGGCUCGCCCGGCUGCCAACCCCCAAGUACAGACAGAUUCGUCGAAGGUCCCCGCUGCCUAUCAGCUCUUACAGGAGAACCAUUAUCUUGAUUUCGGAAGAGGGCACCCGGAAGAUAUUUUACGAGAAAACGAGUUUGCCUUCUCGUUGGUUCUACUUUAUUUCAGCAAUUUUAAUGACAUCCACUUCAUGUUCGAUGAAGAAGCGUUUCUCAGAGAUUUCCGAAUGGGGGAUGUUCCGCCAAUCAUUUUAUACUCCAUGAUGGCACUUAGUAUCCGCUUUUCCCUUGCUCCUUUUGGGGAAGAAAUACCCCCUCGCCAUCGCGGAGAACCUCUGUGGCGGCAUGCGAGAAAUCUCCUCAAGGAUUCUUUUGACUGGCCAUCGACUACUGCUAUCCAAGUCUACGUCUUACUCAGCACGUAUAAAUUGUCAUUUGGUGGCUCAAGACAAGCAUACCUAUACUUGGGGUGUGCAUCAAACAUGCUAAGGGCGUUGCGAUUCAUGGAUUCGAGUUUCAGCGAAGUCUCCGUGCAGAUGGAGUCAAAGAAACGGCUCGCCUAUACUGUCGCGUUGAUGGAUCGGCUCAUGUUCCCUCUAAAGCUCCCCUCGCAGUUCGAGAUUCGUGAUGACCUACCUGAGAUGCGAAGCGAAGAAGAUUUUUGGAUUCUCAAGAAAGGUGGUGAUAUGAGUGAAACGUUUAUAAACAGGCCAAGCCCUAUCAGCGUCGAACAGGAAAUUUUCAAGCUUUCCAGCAUGCUCGUUGCGGUUUGCGACAUAUACCUGGGAAGAAAUUUGAUCUCCACCCUCGAUGAAGCUCAAGAAAAUUUUGAGCGAUACUCCAAUUCAAGACACCCGCUGUUGUUGUAUACAACUGCUAAUCUAGAACUUCAAGAAAGCCAUGACAACCUCCGCAAGUUCGCUUAUAUGCAUCUCCUAUACCACCACGUUGGGCAAAUUCUCUGCUUUCGUGCAUUGAAAUCCCUGAAAUACGACGCGUUCCCGCCCUCUGGAGGCGACCAAAGAUAUUCGUUGCAAGCCUUAACGGAGCAGUGUUAUGGACACGCCUCAGUGAUUGUCCGCAUUAUAACACAUUGCUCCGAACGCGGGUUUGACAUACACAACUUUUCCUUUGGACAGAUAUUGACAGUCUCGACUGUCAUCCUAAGCCAUGCAUUGUUCUGGGCUGAAUCUCCAGAAGCUGCAGAGAAAUUACAGGGCGAUUUGAAGAUCCUCCUAGAGUGCGUGGAGCGUCUAAAAAAUCACACAAGAAUGUUCCUUUGGGUGAAUAGGAAUACGUGGAUUCGUAUUGUAGAUCAAAACCCCCGCAUUCUAAGCCAAAUGCUCUUUCUCGGGAGUCAGUGGGAGACAAUGGAGCCUACUACUGGAGUAUUUGGCUUUGACAAUAAUUUAGCUCGUCGCCCUGGACUCGGAUCUCUCCCUAUUACCAGUGAGCACUUAGCUGGUUCCAGGCAGCCCCUUGUUGAUCACGAAGAUGCCAAAGCGGACGAGACGACUUCGCAAAUGCAAUUUAGUCCCGGGAGUGGCAUUGAAUGGAUGUUCAUUAGCUAG